GGUGGCCAACCUUGCAUCAUCUCAGUUUCUGUGCAUAGAAGUGUGGUGGUCUGGGUUGGAUCAGAUCAGUUAUGACAAACUGUUUCCUCUUCUUCAUAUCAGUGCUUUUGCUUCUUCUCCACAUUUCGGAUUUAUUUGUGCAAAUCCAUGGCCUUCCUUUUGGAAUCAACUAUGGACAGAAAGCUAACAAUUUACCUCCUCCAUCUCAAGUGGCUGUUCUUAUAAAAUCUAUGAAUGUAAGUAGGAUCAAACUCUAUGAUGCUGAUCCAAUUGUUCUUGUUGCCUUCUCCCAAUCCAAUGUGGAAUUCGUUAUAGGACUUGGAAAUGAGUCCUUGCAGAACAUGACAAACGCUGCUAAAGCUCAAACAUGGAUUCAGCAGUAUGUUCAACCUUACCUUUCACAGACUAAUAUCACUUGCAUCACUGUGGGAAAUGAAGUCUUAGACAGCAAUGAUACUCAGCAAAUGUUCAACCUUCUUCCAGCAAUGCAAACUUUGCAUGAUGCCCUUGUUGAUCUUGGACUAGACCAACAAGUUACUGUCACAACCGCACAUUCUUUUAACAUAUUAGCCAAUUCCUACCCUCCUUCAUCUGGGGCUUUUAGGGAAGAUCUUAUGCAAUAUAUCCAACCCCUUCUUAACUUUCAUGCACAAAUCAACUCACCUUUCCUCAUCAAUGCAUAUCCUUUCUUUGCAUACAAGGAUAACCCAAAUGAGGUUCCUUUAAACUAUGUCCUUUUUCAGCCAAAUCCAGGUUUGGUUGAUCCAAAUACCAAUUUGCAUUAUGAUAAUAUGUUGUAUGCUCAAAUUGAUGCUGUCUAUGCUGCCAUCAAAGCAAUGGGGCAUACUGAUAUUGAAGUAAGGAUUUCUGAGACUGGUUGGCCUUCUAAGGGUGACCCUGAUGAGGUUGGAGCUACACCACAGAAUGCAGCAUUGUACAAUGGUAACUUGCUGCAAAGGAUUGAGCAGAAGGAAGGCACUCCUGCAAAGCCAUCAGUUCCAAUUGAUAUAUAUGUGUUUGCACUUUUUAAUGAGGAUUUGAAGCCUGGUCCAGCAUCAGAGAGGAACUAUGGCCUUUACUAUCCUGAUGGUACUCCAGUUUAUAACAUUGGAUUACAAGGUUAUCAACCACAGAUGCCUAUGGCCUCCAAAUCCAAUGCUAUGUAUGUCAAUUUUCUUGUUUGUGUAAUUACAUGCUUGAUCUUUGCUUGGGUGCUAUCAAGAUCAUGAUCAAAAGAAGGGAGGGGCACAAAGGAAACACAGGAAUUCCUAUACGUCAUUCUCUUGCAAAAAAUGCGAUUCAAGGGAGAGGGAAAAGCAGCACCGUUUUCUUUCAUUUGUCCAAUGAAAUCCCUAAACUUUGAUUGAAAGCCAUGGCACCAAUUGGUCGGUGGUUUGGUAAAUAUAACUCAUACUAUC